UCUCCGUAGUCUGAAGGUGCGGCUUUUACAAAAACCGACCAAUUGAAACGCUCGAGGCAAUUUUAGCCGCUGUAGAUAGGAAUACAGCGUCACGAGUUUAUAGUGACCUUAUAUUACAUUUGACGAAGUAUCACAACGUCGCGCCCGUAGGUUUUGAAGGGCACAGCGAUAGUUCACCAGCUCUGGAACAGCGUGCGCCUUCCUCAGUCACCGGGUUUUUCUUUCACAGCUGAAUAAGGCCAAGGACAGAAUAAUGUCGGGCUUUAAUCGUUCUUUUAAUCUUCUCAGAACUACACUGAGACCCCACAUCAUCCCGAAAGCCAACCUUACGGAGAAGCCUGCCAAGCAUGCUCUAACUGCGGGGGAGACGGCCAUUGGACUGCUGUCCAUGUUCGCCGUCAUCUUGGGGCCGUCGGGGUGGAUCCUGGCCAACCUGCAGGAGUACAAGAAGCGGUGAGGUGGCCCCGAGUGACCCCGACGCGUCGCGUUCCGUCCGAGACCUCGGCCCGCUCCGCUCCGCUCCGCUCCGCUCCCGAAAUCAGCGCUUCACAACCCCUCCCAAAGGAAUGACUGUACACUGACACCGUGAAUGCUUCUCAAAAGCUCUUCAACCUCGUCAAUAAAUCAACCCUGAAAACAA